AUGAUUCCCUGGAACUUGACGAGCUCGUCGUAUUGCGACGUUGAAAGACUGUUUUUCUCGUUGAUCUUGUUGAACGACUGGUUGAGGAUCCGAUUAAGAGUCUUUCGAACGUCGGGGUCUUCGUUGGCCGAAGAUUUGGGCCGGAUCGGCGACAAGGGCACUUUCUGGGGCCGGUCGUGCUUCAAUGUUGCGGCCGGCUCCUCCUUCAAGGUGAGGUCAAAAACAGGCUCGCUGUUUUCCACCAAAGUCGGGGUGUAG